AUUCGCCGAGAAAAAAUCAACCGACGUACUUAUGUCUAUGUAUGUUUUCCUCUUCUGGGAAUGGAUGGACUACAGGCCUCCUGAGCUCCCGAAUCACCAGGUAAUCAGUGCAUUAGUUGCAUGGAAAUACAAUGAGCGACCCCCCUCCUCCACUCAGUGACAAUGGUGCCUUUGACAACCCAAGCUUUGACCACGACCAGGAGGACGUUAUAGCUAUGAGACAACUGCCAACAGAGCUACCCGCGACACAGACACAGGAUCUGCCCACUCGCUCUACUUCUCACCCCAGUGACGUCGAACUCGCUCCUCAUGCACCGGAAAUGGGGAAAAAGAGGACUAAUAGACACGAAGACGAUGAUAAAGGUGACAAUGGGGAUAAAAGCGAUGAAGAGGAGGAGGAGGAUUAUAGCUUAUUGACGAUGAUUCCGAAUUACAUCGAGUUUAAGGAAUCUAUGCAUCGUGCUCUGCCGAUCAAGGAGAUGCAACAAUACAGACACAUCCUCUUCUCGAUUCUCUUCGGCGGCGGUUUCGUGAUGUACUUCGCCGCGGUUCUCAUCAUUAAAACAAAAAUUGAGGAAGAAUGGAGUUACUGGUGCGAGGCUGAUGGACUGCUAAUUGUACUUACAUCGCUCGUGGCCUUGGGGAUUUUCUACUUCCAGGUGUUGAAACGUCUUUUUGGGAAAAACCUUCCUUUUUCCCGGGCGUUUAAGGUGCACGUGGUUGCCAAUGUGUCCAGAGUUUCCUCAAAGGUCCCAGGCGUCUUAGUGGGUCUGGUGCUGCUGGCCGGCGCCCUGGUCUUCGUGGUCCUCGACUCUUGGAACGACCGCGUGCGGCUUCAGUCCCUGCUGGGCGUCGCCACGCUCAUAGCCUUUGGGUUCCUCUUCUCCGCUGCGCCAAGGAAGGUCCGGUGGCGCCACGUGGGCUGGGGGAUGGGCCUGCAGUUUGUGCUCGGGCUGGUGAUCCUGCGCUGGCCGCUGGGUAAGGCCGUGUUCCAGUGCGCCGCCGAUAAAGUCACCACGUUCCUGGCCUUCACGGACGAGGGCUCCGAGUUCGUCUUCGGGAAACUCGUGUCGGAGAUGGAGAUCUUCGCUUUCAAGGUGUUGUCUGUGAUCCUGUUCUUCAGCUUCUGCAUCCAGAUCCUGUACUACUGGGGCGUCAUGCAGUGGGUUGUCAUUAAGUUAGGUUGGGUCCUGCAGGUCACCGUCGGCACCACCGCCUGCGAGAGUGUCAACGCUGCUGCCAACAUCUUUCUCGGACAGACCGAAGCCCCCCUGCUGAUCAAGCCUUAUCUGCCGUUUAUGACCAAGUCGGAGCUGCAUGCUGUCAUGACGGGCGGCUUCGCUACCAUCGCCGGCUCCGUCCUAGCCGCCUACAUCUCCUUCGGCGUCGACCCCGCCCACCUCAUCUCCGCCUCCGUCAUGAACGCCCCCGCCGCCCUCGCCUUCUCUAAGCUCUUCUAUCCCGAGACGAAGAAGUCCAAGACGAGCGUCUCCGACAUCAAGAUGGAGAAGGGAGAGGAGUCGAGCUGGCUGCACGCCGCCAUGGUGGGCGUGACCAACGCCAUCCCGCUCGUGGCCAACAUCGCCGCCAACCUCAUCGCCUUCUACGCCUUCAUCGCCCUCUGCAGCCACGUCUUCGACUGGACUUGCAGGCUGGCCGGCGCCGAGGAGGACGUUUGCACGCUGGAGAACGUGUUCGGCGUGCUCUUCACCCCGCUGGCCUUCGUGAUGGGUGUCAACUGGUCCGAGUGCGACCAGGUAGGUAAGCUCAUCGGCCUCAAGAUCAUCGUCAAUGAAUUCAUGGCUUAUGAACAGCUCUCACAACUCAUCGAAGCAGGAGCUAUCUCGAAACGCGCAGAGACGAUCGCCACGUACGCCCUGUGUGGCUUCAGCAACAUCAGUUCCAUCGGCAUCAACUUGGGCGGCUUCAGCGCCAUGGCCCCCGACAGGAAGGCCGACCUGGCCAGCGUCGUGGUGAGGGCCAUGAUCGCGGGGAGCUGUGCCACCUUCCUCACGGCUUGUGUGGCGGGAACUCUUCUGCCCAGCACCGAAGAAUCUUUUCCCUUCAACAUGACGUCAACGACAGAGCUCCUUGAAAGUACCACAGCUUCAUGCUUGUAUUAGCAUAUCUGUGUGCCUUUUUUUCUGUCUGUGUCUGUCUGUUUCUCUGUCUGCCUGUUUGUUUGUGCCUUUGUCUCUUGAAUAUUCUAAGUGAGGUUUGCUUGCGAGAAGAAUGAUAUUCCACUACAGUAGUGCCAUUUUUUUCUCACAUUUCUUCUGGUUUUCAUUUUAGGUAAUGUUAUUGUAAUAUCAGUUUUAAAAUAAAUUAAAUAUUUUC